AUCAGGGAUGUGGUAUCGUGCAUGGGCACCCAACUAGGAGUGUGGUUCCCGGUCAGCCUGGCCCUGAGAGACCCUCAUGGUCCCAUCUCAUCCCAGGCUCUGGGGAGAGGCAUGCACGGUACUAACCCUACCUCACCGCACCGUGAUGGCCCUGGGUGCACCCAGGAGGUUUGUGGCCCCCUUCUUGGAACUUGGGCCUGGGGUGAGGUUUGGGCUGGAGUGGGAGAGGUUGGGGGAGGGUCAUGGCUUCCCCUUGCCCAAAGUCACAAACUCCUAUUUCAGCAGCUGAGAACAAUCACACACCCCCUUACAGUCAGUGGUGACUCAGAAUGCGGCCUUUAAGUGGAAACGGGAUGUGUGCUCUCCAUGGGGAGGGGUGGUACUGGGGAGAGGGAGCCCUGGGCUCACAGAGCCCCAACCCCGGGCAACCCUAGCCUGAGUGUGGGCAGACCGAGUACUCACAAACCAGGCUUCCGAAGCUCCUCGCAUACAGACUGGAGGCUGAGAUGGGUGCUCCCGGCUGGAACAGGGGAGAAGACUCCUCCCCACCAACCCCCCAACUCCAGCCUGGCCUGCCCGUGUGGAGGACCCAGGUCAGAGAACUGAAAGCCUUGGGCCUAGGUCAGGGUCCCUCCCAGAGAGGCUCCACCCUCAUCCGGCCCUUAGGCAAGGGGCAAGACUUCCCAGAGCUCCGCCUGGGAGGCGGGACAGGAGGCUCUGUACGAGGGACCCGGUCGACCUGCUCCACUCCGUUCCGCCACCACCGCCGCCCAUGGGGAACAACCACUGCGUCCCUCAGGCCCCUAGGAGGCUCCGGGCCUCAUUCUCCAGAAAGCCCUCGCUGAAGGGAAAUAGAGAGGAUGGCGCAAGGAAGCUGGCCGGCCUGUUUGGCACCGAGGCAGGUCCCGACCCGGACGCCACCGCUGACAAGAUCUUCUACUACAUCCCUGGGCCGAACCAGAAGAUAAGACAGGUGAAAGACAUGGUAAGCCCAGAUGCGGCUGGUGUUGAGAAGAGUAGAGGAAGAAAGGUGUGCAGAGGGGACGGGGAAGGCUACAGUGACCUCCGGGGCCUGGAGAUCCAGCCAGAAAACCUAGAGCAGCCGUUCCUGAGUGUGUUCAAGAAGGGGCGGCGGAGGGUGCCCGUGAGGGAUCUGGGCAAGGUUGUGUACUACGCCAAGGUCCAGCUACGAUUCCAACACAGCCAGGACAUCAGCGACUGCUAUCUGGAGCUGUUCCCCUCCUACCUCUACUUCCAGGCCCAUGGUUCCAAAGGACUCACCUUCCAGGGGCUGUUACCGCUGAUGGAACUGAGCGUCUGCCCGCUUGAGGGGUCCAGAGAGCACGCCUUCCAGAUCACAGGCCCGCUGCCUGCUCCUCUUCAUGUGCUGUGCCCCAGCCAGGCUGAGCUGGGUCACUGGCUGUACCACCUGGAAAAGCAGAUAGCCCUCGUGCGAGGGCCACAGCUCUGCCACUCAGCGCCCCUGCAGGGCCCCUCCGAGGAUGAGCUGCCCUGGACUCUGCAGCGCAGGCUGAUCCGGCUCCGGGCAGCAUCUGGACAUCGGACGGUGGGCAGUGCCGUCUGCGCCUCGAGGGUCAAGCUGCAGCAUCUGCCCUCACAGGAGCAAUGGGACCGGCUCCUGGUCCUGUACCCGACAUCCCUGGCUAUCUUCUCCGAAGAAGCAGAUGGGCUUUGCUUUAAGGGGGAGCUGCCCCUCAGUACCAUCCACAUCAACCUGGAGGAGAAGGAGAAGCGGAUCCGUUCUUUCCUGAUUGAAGGCCCGCUCAUCAACACCAUUCGUGUGCUGUGUGCCAGCUAUGAGGACUACAGCCACUGGCUGCUCUGUCUGCAGACCGUCUCGCCCCGGGCUGGAGGCCCCCCGCCGGCUGGCCUCCCAGGGCUGUGGGGGUCCACACAGGUCAUGGGUGGCGGCCGAGGCUCCCUCUCCUCAGACGGACGAACCAGCUGGGACUCAGGGUGCCCUGCGCCCCCCUCCACCCACACCAGCCACUCUCUCCCUGAGUCGUCAGUGCCGUCCACCACAGGCUGCCCUGCCCAGCCUGUGCCUGACCAGGCCGACCCUGGCCGCACCAGCACCCGCCGGCAGAGGGCCGAGCUGAGACGGAGCAGCAGCAGUCGGUCACCCAGGAGUGAGGCCCGGAGCGAGGAGCCCAGCCUGGCCACCUCGCUGUACUUGGACCUGACCAAGCUGAGCAGGCAGAGCCUAGAGGACAAUCCUGAGGCCCCAGACCACUCUCUGAAGACCCCACACUCCCCACUCUAUGCCGAUCCCUACACACCACCUGCUACCUCCUAUCACAAGAUCACAGAUGUCCAGGGCCUGGAUGAGUUCCUCAGCGCAGCACAGAGCUCACUUGGACCUGAGUCCUCGAGCCCGCUCCCCUCGGUCCCUGUGUCUGUGCCUGUCUCGGGCCCCAGCUCUGGACUCUCCGGUCCCCACUUGCUCUCCAAGAAGGGAGCCCUGCAGCCCAGAGCCUCUCAGCGGCACCGAGGCUCCAUCAAGGGCCAGGGGCCACUCCCUCCAGAGUCCCCUCAGCAUGUGAGCAGCAGCACUCACCCCUGCCAGGUCUCCCCUGUGCAGGAAGUCUCGCCCGACCCCCUGCCACCUCCCUCAGGUGGUCAUCCCCCCAAGAGCUAUGACAACAUCCGGGACAACACUUCCUCUCCCUCCCACAAGCGGUGGCCCCGAGGAGGAGCUGAGGCUGCGGGGGGGCUCAUCCAGUGGAUCUGAUGGCUUCUGGGUGGCUGGUUCUCAGGACCACCUGCCAGCGUGGGCUCUGCCUUGGGGACUACGGCACAGCCUGGGGCAUUCUUUGUAGGGCCACAGGCUGACUGGCAUCCGACCCCUGAACCCCACCCAGUGCUGAGUCCGUGUCUGAUCCCAGCAGGCUGAAGAGAGCUCCCAAACUUCCCUGGGCUCUGGAGGGGCCAGGAGGGGGGCCUCGUCCUGAAGACAGCCUGGCGACGUGGCUGGACCACAGAUCAGAGCAGGCCUCGCAGGGGACCCAGCAGCAGCCCUUCCUCCCGGGAAGCAAUGAGGAAGGCCACUGGGCGCAGGCUUUACCUGCCAGUGGGAGGAGCAGCAGGUGGGAAGGUCAGAGGGCUGAGAACGUCAGGUUAGUGAGGGUCAGCGCACGUGAGGUCAGAGGGCGUGACGGU